GUUGACCACAGCUUUAAGUUUCUCUCCGUACAACAUUACCACAUUCUUCACUUCAGUACUUCUCUGUGUACUUUCGACAGCCCAGCUGGCGAAAGGACUCGCUUCUCACAGAGAGGAAACAGACUCUACGCAGCGCUGUUCUCAUCUGAACUAAAGAGAUUUGAGGACUGAAAUGCAGCAGGGAGUUGAAUGCAAAAUGACAGAAGGAAGUGAUCUUGAACUUUAUGAAGGCAGCAUAUUUUACAGAUUAAGCUCGAAGGAUUAAACUGGAGUGACCGAGACGAAGAGAAAAGGACUGCAAAAAGCACAAUUGAUACUACUCUCAAGCAGAGUUUGUGUGCAAGAAGAGGAAAUAGCAAAUAUUUAUUUAAUGGACUAGGAUCACAAAGACCACCAUGACAAACAACAUCUCCACCACGUCUGCCACAGGCACGUUCCAGACUGCAAACAGCCUCAUAACGACUCAAACGACAUGCGUGGAUUAUGAGGCAAUGCAGACCUUGCUGGCGGUGUUCUACACUAUAAUCUUCAUCCUGGGUCUAGUUGGGAACCUUCUGGCUCUGGUGGUUUUCUUCUGCGUUCAAUCUAAGAAGAACUCCGUGCGGGUGUUUCUCAUUAACAUUGCUUCCGCAGACCUGCUGCUGGUGGUGUGUCUGCCGUUCAGGAUACUCUACCACACUAAAGGCAACAUCUGGAGCCUGAGUCCCACCUUGUGUAAAGUGGUGGGCAACCUCUUCUACAUGAACAUGUAUAUCAGUGUCACGCUGCUGGGGUUGCUCAGCGUGGACCGCUACCUGAAGAUCCAUCGAGGUGCCAGGGUGCAGUACAGACUGCAGUCCACAAGGUGGAGCACUGCCCUCUGUGCUGUCGUCUGGAUUGUGGCCUUUGCUGUGACUUCGGCGCUCCUGAUUUCAAAGAAUCCCCCACAGUCGGACAGGUGUUUCCACUACAAGGUGCUCACUGAGGAGAAAUGGAAAGCCUGCAUCAACAUCUGUCUGCUGGUUGUCUUCUGGCUCGUCUUCAUCUCUCUGGUGAUGUCCUACGGAAAGAUCGCCCUCAAGCUUCUGAGAGCUUCGCGGGACAAACCGGAGCUGAGAAACGCCGCCAGCUACGCCCGGUCUGCCAGGAAGUCCUUCUUCAUCCUCUUCGUCUUCACCUUCUGUUUCGUCCCCUAUCACUUGGUCAGGGUGUUCUACAUAAAUACCCAGAUCACAGAAACGUCGUGUUUCUGGCGUGGCGUGGCUGACAAGGCCAACGAGGUGGCUUUGCUGUUUUCGGCCUUCAACAGCUGCCUGGAUCCUGUUAUGUACUUCCUGUUAUCCUCUGCGGUGAGGAAGGAGGUCCUGCGCUUGGUGGCCAACGUGUUUAGAGUGCAAGAUAUUGGUGGAGUCAGCGGGAGCAGCACCAGUGUUGAGCAGGACAGUAAGAACAGGACGGCUGACAGAGGACAGGCAAGCGUCAGCUUCAGCAGCCUUUUGAAGGAGAAGACAAUGACUGAACCGAGCUAAGCUGAAAUUUAAAGAUAUUCUGAAACAGUGAGUCUCCACCAAAGUAAACAUGGCAGCAACCACACUGCUGAGGCACAAGAAAAGCAGCAGCGGUUGACUUCCGCUCUCCUCAACAUGUACAUCUAUUUGCUGCUGUCGUCUGAGUUGACGAUGGCUGAAAUGAUCCGCCUUGCAAUGCAGGAACUAAUCUUACAGGCGAAUCAUGUAUCAUACAUCUCUUCAUCUACAGCAAACAAAUGUACCUGAUAUUUAUAAAAAAACAAAAAAAAAGGUGGAGCAACAGCAGCUUCAUCAGUUUGCUUAUCCUGUCUGAGUGAAAAUAUUUAUGAUGUUAGCUCCCUAAACCUGUAUACUGAUUGUGUCAAGUUUGCUGAAAAUCUGUAGUGUGUGCAGGUGGUAACAUUAGCAGGAUGCGAUGAGGGCCGAGUUGCAUCUUGUACUGUAGCUGUGUUUCUACAGUUUGAAUAUGUUUUAGUAGCUAUUUAAGCAAGGUUGCAGGAAACCUAGGGCUCUGGUAUGUAUACAUUUCUGGGCAUUUACGUCAAAAUGGACGAGGAGUCUUGCAAGACAACAUGUUGACAGUGUGUCUACGAGGAACUCACCCAUAGGAGUGAAGAACACGACCCAAGGCUGCACCAAAAAAACUGGACAAGAUCGCAACAGAAACAUACAGUGGACUCCGAGAUAGCAUGAUACAGGAUAUCUGAUGAAUAAGGAAAAUAUUGCAUGUUGCAUGCCUUCACAAACAGACUACCUAAUAAUACUGUAUUCUGCUGAUAUGCAUAAUGAUGCAGCAUAUUGAGGUGAUUUGCACCUAACUUUGUGAACAAUGAAUUGCUCAACUUUGUUUUAAUGGAGAAAAACAUGACUCUGCACGAUUAAAUACUGAGAUUUCACGUACAAUUAAAAACUAAUAAUUAUA